AUGACCCAAAUCUUGUCGGGCAUUCCUGGAGUGGUGGACGACAUUGACGAUGUCUUGAUCGGAGGAAAGGAUAAGGAAGAACACGACAGCAGACUUCAUAUGGUACUUCAAAGAAUGAAGCAAGCUGGAGUCACCCUAAACAAAAAGUGUGUUUUUUGCGUCAAAUCCAUCAAAUUCCUCGGACACAUUAUAUCCAAAGAAGGCAUACAAAUAGACCCAGAAAAGGUAGAAGCCAUCACAAAGUUCCCGAGACCAGAAAAGAUUACCGAUGUCCGAAGUUUCCUAGGCAUGUUGAAUCACAUAGGAAAGUUUGCACCCGGUCUGGCAGAAAGGACAAAGCCGUUGAGAGAUUUACUAAGAAAAGAAACAAUAUGGACCUGGGAUGAUCCGCAGGAACAAGCAUUCCAGUCAUUAAAGAAACAGAUGAGUACAGCACCUUUACUCAUUCAUAACAGUCCUCAAAAGUCAACAUCCUAUGGCAUGGGUGGUGUACUGAUGCAAAAAGAAGGCACAGAUUGGAAACUAGUCUAUUAUGUGUCAAGGUCCCCUACAGAUACAAAGCGAAGAUAUGCACAAGUUGAAAAGGAAGCCUUAGCAGUUACUUGGUGCUGCGAGAGAUUUGCAGACUUUUUGGUGUGA